ACCAGCAAGGGCAAGUUGCUGCACUUUGUGCCGCCAUGGCAAUGCUCCAAAAUAUAAAACCUGUGAAUCCGAUGGCGUGGCCUGGCUCUCCUGCGCCAAGAUCGGGUACCAGAUCUACGAGGGUGUCAGGUGCACGGGUGGAGCGCCAGCGAUGCACUGCGGUGGCAGGUUCUGUCGUGGCCUGCUUGGUUUUUCGAAGAAGGGUGGCCCGGUGUUCGGUGGCUGCGGGCGACCUGCCCAAGACGGUCCAAGAGAUGAAAACGGAGUUACUGGACAUAUUAUCCGGUGGAAAUUGGGAUGCCAGCAGGGUGGAGGCGGCACAACGUGUGGAGGACUUGGUGGAAGCGUUGAUUCAAGGCUACAAGGACAUGAAGAUGAGCGACCAGGAAGCGCAGAGGUUGUUGGAAGGAAAAUGGCAGCUGCUGAGUACCUUUACCCCGGGCCAGGCUGCGGCCAACGUCUUCAGUUUGAAGAGCUGGCAGGAGUACGUCUUUGGCAAAGGCCCGUCUCCUGUGCAAGCGGCGGCAUUUACAAACGAUGCCGUGCAGCGAGUGUAUCAGGUGCUGGAUUUGUCGGUGUCCCCAAAAAGGUGGUACAACGUCAUCGAUGCCACGCCCAAUGGCAUCAUCUGCCUUGAAGCCGAUCUGACCUCGCAAGAUGCGGAUGUCCAGUUUCAGUGGACGGGUGGGCAGAUCAUCAUCAACCGACCACCCUGGUCCAAAGAGGAUUUGGAUCAACCCAUUCGUCUCCCAUACCCUGUGCCAUUUGCUCUGCUGGGCGACCGUGCGCGCGGGAUUUUCGAGACGGUGUAUCUGGACGAUGAGCUCCGCAUCUCAAGAGGAUCGAAAAGCGGAAGCGUCUUCGUCCUUCGCCGGGAGAGCAAGCCGCUGCCGAUGGAAGAUGUCUACUUCUCCUGAGUUCGGCUUGGCAAUCGCUUUCGGCGAUGCGCGACAAAGGGGCAAUGGAUUGCGAUGGCAGGAAA